UUCCGAUUCAGCUGUGGGAGCAACAACACACAUGAUAGUAUAAUAAUGUGCAUAUGAUCUGGUAUUGCGCCUCUGCGGCCUUCGAAGCACCACCGCCACGCCACGCCACGCCGCCUGCACCCACGCCCACGCCCACGCCCACGAUGCUCGAGUUUCGGACUCGGGGCUUCAACGCGUACAGCGUGAAAUACUCGCCCUUCUUCGACUCCCGCCUCGCUGUUUCUGCCGGCGCCAACUUCGGCCUGGUGGGCAACGGACGCCUGUACAUUCUCAAUCUUGGCGCGAACGGCAUCGCGUGCGAGAAGUAUUUCGAGACGCAGGAUUGUCUCUUCGAUCUGGCCUGGUCCGAGCAGCACGAGAAUCAGCUGCUGACCGCUGGUGGAGACGGAGCGAUCAAGCUGUUUGAUAUCGGCGUGGGAGAGUUCCCCGUCGCUGGAUGGCAAGAGCAUGCGCGCGAAGUCUUCUCCGUGCACUGGAAUCUGGUCGAAAAGCAGACAUUUCUGAGCAGCAGUUGGGACGGAACGGUCAAGAUAUGGACGCCGGAGCGGAAAGAGAGCGUGAUGACAUUGCCUGUUCAUUCAUGCGUCUACUCCGCACAAUACAGCCCACACCAUCCGCACAUCGUCACAUGUGUGUCGAGAGAUUCACAUUUGCGCGUGUACGAUCUGAGGAGUAAGCCGAGCGCCACAAAUCACCUCCAACUGGCAAUCCCCAUCCACGCACCGCCCAAGAUACCCAUCCCUGGCUACGUGAACAGAGCCCCGGGACCGACCGAAUGCUUGACCCAUGAUUGGAACAAGUAUCGAGACUCGGUCCUGGCCUCUGCCGGCGUAGACGGUGUCAUCAGGACAUUUGAUCUGCGCAAUCCAUCGGGCCCUCUCAACUUCUUGCCUGGCCAUGAAUACGCAGUCCGAAAGCUGAGCUGGAGUCCUCAUCUCAGCGAUGUGCUGCUUUCCGCUAGCUAUGACAUGACGUGCCGCAUCUGGACCGACGGCAGCAACGUCGACCAAGGCGGCAACGGCUCUGGCCUUGGGCGCGAGCUGGGUCGUAUGGACCGGCAUACCGAAUUCGCCAUGGGUGUUGACUGGUGCCUAUUUGGUGCCGAAGGCUGGUGCUCUACCUGUGCAUGGGACGAGAGAGUGCUUGUGUGGGACGUCAGAGACUUCAUGAGGCCGUGA